UUCUGUCCUCAGACAAAACAACCAUGAAAGUCCUGGUCCUCGUCACUCUGGGUCUGGUCGCCCUGGCCGCCGCCCGACCCUCCGACAUCAUCGACUUCGAGGAGGACCACAUGGAGCACGAGCAGGAGGGCAUCCCAGGAACGGCCGUGGAGGGCGAGUACUCGUGGGUAGCGCCCGACGGCAACGAAUACGUCAUCAAGUACGUCGCCGACCGCUUCGGUUACCGAGUGGUCGAGGACAACGUUCUGCCAGAGUUCCGUGACGCCAAACCCGACGGUGAAAUGGCCGAGGACGACGACGACGACGACGACGACGACGCGGAAUUCCGUGCUGAUGAUGACGAGGAGGACGAUGAUUAAAUGAAACAUUUUACGAAU